CGUUUGAUUGACCCCGAAAAGACCUAAAUAAUUUUCUACGAAGCGAAUGUAGUGCACCAAAUUGAGCCAUGGAUACUGCAUUUCCAUGAAGCUUCAGGGUGCAACGCCUAAGUGUAGUACAAGCAAUGGAUAGAUAUUUUUUCACUUCAUCUAAAAACUGAAAUGUAGCUGCAAUUUUAAAUGCAUUUUUAGCAUCUUAAAGGCCGCCUAAUCGAGGCUACAGAAAUCAAAGAUGGCAGCCAGCUUACGAAUAUCUCUAAAUAACAUGGAAAACGGAGACAUAUCUUCAGGUGUUUUGAGUAGUAAGGAACGUGACCUUAAAAGGCAGAUGGAAAAAUUACACAGAUGCUAUAUGAAGAAAAAAGAAUGGAAGGACAGCAUGCGUGUCGUACAGCAGAGCAUGUCACGGGAGAAGAAGAUGCUGAUGGAGACGGAUAAAGAACCUGGAUCGUUAAGGUCGUGUUUGGACCGGUUACAAAGCUGUAUCAAAGUGGUCAGUCAACAGACGCUGUUGGAACGCCUGGAAACCACAUCACGCCUAGUGGACCUGUCAUUUACGCCACCCACCGGAACAGAAAAUAGUGCCAUCAUCAGCAGCGAAAUGUUCCGCAUCGAGAUCAUUUUUGACCCAGGGGGGCUGGUGAAGGACGUCCGAAUUAGUCAUCAGGGAGAACCAACUAGUUGUGAUGAAAUAACAGAAGUUUUAAGACAAGGAAAUUUUGAUGAAUUCAUCGUCCAUCUGAAAGGAUUGCAGAGUAUUUAUAACAUAUCAGGGGACAGGAAGCAGAAAUCCAAGGCGUACUUAGCUCUUCAGGCUCUGGAAACAGAUCUGAAUAGUUUGGCCCAGUUACAAAGUUCCAUCAAAGGUGUGUCCAACUGUAUUCACAAGAGUCCUUUAGGAAUCCUUUUGCCAAGGAAAGGAGGUUGCCCUAUGAAGCUUGUAUAUUUUGUUUCACCCUAUGAUUUGCUUAACAAAAGGACGAGGUCUCCACACCCAAUGACCGUCGAAGCAAUAACGGAGCACGGUCUUGGACAGAGCGUUACUGUGUGUAUUGAGCCUCACUCUCAUCGCAGACUCCAGACCAUCCCCCUGAUGAGCGUCAUCCCUCAGGAUGGCAAAAGUUUGCCGUCCUUCCAAGCCCUAUCCCAAGUCAACAGCACCAGUCUGCCAGCCUGCUUUACGCUGAUGCUGGCCAGACCGAUCCCAGUGGCCAUGUCUGUCAUUCACGCUAUUCAGGAAGUCACAGAUAUUGAUGUGAUCACAGAAGGUGAGCCUGAAAGCUUACUCAAACUCAUACUCGCUCAGUCCUCAGGCGGCAAACUCAGUCCCGGCUCAGAGUUCUUUGUGACAUUGCCGGACCAGCAGCAUGCGUACUACCUGCGAGACAUUGGAGAGAGCUCUCUGGACCAAACCGCCAAAAUGGUCAGUCGAAUUCCGUUUACGCAUCCCACAAACGUCGCCAAUAUUCUCAACCUGCUACGCCAACAGCUUCUAUUCAACACCGUCAUUAGCAGCUGUAUACGACCCUACGCAAAACAAGAUCUGAUGUCCUCCGUGGUCUUCGAGCUAGUCUGUACGUCCCUCCAACAGUUUACCAUCAUGUUCGAGCAUCCACUCCAAGACACAAUGGUCACUGCUGAGGUUGACCUUAGUGACAUCACAGGGGUCAAGUUCAAGGUCAGUAUUGGAGAAGAUGGAGAGGAUCUGCUGUCGGAUGAUGCUGCUUCAAAAAUCUUCCAGAGAUGCUGGUCAGUCCCAGUGACUCUGCGGUCCAUUAUACACAAAGUCUCGGAGCAACUACGCAAGGAACCCUCUCCAGAACCGGUUGCCAUGGAGAUUGAACAGCCCCCUUUUGUCAUGCCUCAAGAGGUCACGUUUGCGACACCCUAUCUUCCGGCAAUGGACAGCAAAAGUAUAUCAAGUCCAGGGAACAUGGUGUUACCGAACGCAAAGAUUCCACAGGGAUACGGCGGGAUACCUCCCAACACCACGCAAGGUGCUAUGCUGCCGCCACCCAUUGUGGAAGAUUCCAAGAAAUUGGACGACGAUGUGCCUAGCAGUAAUCCUCUGUUAGUGACAUUAUUAGAUCAGGAUUCUCCCGACCCGGAUCCACCCUCUGUCCCGGAGAGUCCGAUGUUGUCCAGGUUACUGGAGGAUUCCCCCUCCAAUAACAAUACAAACUCCUCACUCAAUAACAAUAAUAAUGUGGCUAACUUGGCCUCUAGUGUCCCCGCCCCCCUCAAACCAGGCAGGGGGCGACCCCCAAAGAGAAAGUCAGUGACCGACCCACCCAAAGGAAAGAGUCCAAAGCAUAGACUAACGGAUAACGAAUACCAAAGCCAGUCGUUGUCUUUCGAAUCAUUAACAAGUUCCUUUGAUUCAGAUUUUCAGAAUGCCAGCAUGGACUCGCAACGUUUUCCCCAUUUUUCAUUAUCGUCGCCCAUUGACUUGACGGAUGAUUCUGUGAAUCCGCUUCGGGGACUAGAGAACACGCUGGACAGCAUCCAAUCGAAGCAGUCCAUGCACCAUUCUAGCGACCCGUUAGCAAAUCUGACUAGUGAACUAGAUUCAAUUCAGGACGUCAGUAUUUUUAGCCAAACGAAUUCUGUGCCAAAAAACAUGGCAAGGUCUACCUCUCUUGAGGGUAUCCUCAACAGGUCGGGGGAGGUGUCACGGACAAAGGACCUACACAAACCUCAUCACCUUCAGGACAGCGUGCCCACUAACCAGGCUCGUAAGACAUUGGUCAGACAGAAUUCUGUGGGCAAAGUAGCUCAGUACCAGCACCAAAUCUCUAUCGACUCUAACGACAGUUUCAAAGCAGGCAGCAAUUUAUCGUUCUCUCGUUCAACCAGUUUCACCCACGGGAACACUAGUGACAGUGACACGUCGCUUUAUUCCACCCGCUCGUUCGACCUGUCCGACUCGUUCAAUAACCUGAGUCCGGUCAGUAACUCCUCCAUCUCCCGUCACGACAUUGGUGGGGAUUUAACGACGGAGUUCAAACCGGAACUGAAACUAGGUCACAAGGAUCUCCGGUCUCUGCUGAUGAGCUCGCCGAACGAAAACAGCUUGUUGCAGAGCGAGAAGUUAAAAAUUAAAAAUACCAAAGGAAAAAUGAGGAUGAAGCUUUCGGGAAUUAAGAAUUCCGAUUUACUUGGGAUCAAUCGCAAGAAGUCUAGUGCUGAGGCGUAUGACUUUAACAGUGAUGAGGAGGACAGUAAUGACUUGUCCAUGAUCACUGCGUCCCCUACGGGUCUACAGCUUUUCAACAAAUCAAAAACUGCGAAACAUUUGCUGAAUAAAAUAGGAAAAGGUGACAAGUUGAAAAAGAAGGAAGCGAAAAGUACCGAACCCGGGAAAAGAAAACGGGACAAGAAAGAGAAGGAGCACAAGAAGAAGAAACGCUUGGAUAGCAACAGUCGCGCCACGUCUUGUGAAAUGUAUAGUGCUACCCCAGUGGAGAGCGAAGAUAAAACAUCGACUAAGCUCAAGAUCAUCAAAUCUGUUGGGGUAUCGAUGGAAAACAGUCCAAGAUCUUCACCAUCAGGAAGAGAAAAAGGCGACGGAACGAGAAAAUCUAGCAUUAACAGUCAGAAAUCACUAAAAAAUUCCCAUAAGUCACUUUCCAUGACGAGUGUUAAUGUGAGCAAGGAGGACUCAAAGCUCAUGACCAAAACCCCCAAAAUCAAGUUAAAACCUAUCGCCAUACCCCCCAGUUCUGCUGUGUCCAAUGCUAAAACCCCCACACCUACUUCCUCCCCGGGCUCUGCUACUCCCACCUCAACAACAAUAGGUAGGAUAGGGGCAGUGUCCAUUCUCACCUCUGGAAAUUCCAAAGCUGGAGGGACAACGCCUUCCCCGGGAAAAGUGUCCACUCCAACUUCAGCAAAAACCCAACCCACGUUCGGAGGGUCGAAAUCUUUUCCCAGCAAUAAGUCUGUUGCCUCAUCAUCUACCUCACUCAAGGCCGCGUCCGCAGAGAGGAAACUGUCCCAAAGCGGCCGAUUGUCUUCUGGAAUUUCCAAAAGCUCAAACGGGAAAUACUCCAGUGAUCGGAAAAGUGGCUCCCCGUCUGUUUCGGGAAGCAAGAGCGGACUGAACUCUUCUAAGUCAUUGAACUCCUCCAGCAAAGGGCAGUCAUCCAACUCAUUCAGUAAAAAUUCCAAUAAUCCCCUCAACUCCGUUUUGUCCUUCUUGAAUCCAAAAGAUAAAGGUUUGUCCAGCCUUCCGCGCAUUCCCAAGAUCAGUUCAGCUUCUUCAUCUAACAACAACACCAAACCCACUGUGUCUGUCACGUCGACAUCAGUUUCUACGACGACUUCUGUGUCGACAAGCGUUGCAGGAAUGUCGAAAUUAACAACUGUGAACUCGCAUUCAAACACAAAAGUUAGUGUCUCUAACAACCCACAUCAGGGAGGGGUCAGAAACUCCCCAAACACUCCAGGAACACCAAAGAAUUUUCCAGCAAACUCUAAAAAUAGUGCAAAUUUAAAUUCAAAAAGUACUUUAGUGAACUCUCCCAAUGUCAGAGGAAGCCAGAUGGGGAGCCGAUCUCCAAGUGUGAAUUCUGCCAACAAUAAGUCACCAAGUAGUUCAAAUGGAAAAUCUCCCCUCAGUCAUACUUCUAACAAGCUGGGAAUCAAUGGCCGACCACCUUCCAAUUCCAAUCCUCCUAAAAUCCCUGUGGGCAGUAAUACCACUCAUCCCCUGAAGACCCCUACCCCAGGGAGUGGGCACAAUAAUGUCAGUCCCAACAUCAACAAGCCCAUUCCUAUCAGUACCCCUCCCCCCACCACAACCAUUAACAAGUCAAAUCCACAGACAUCCUCCCCCAGUAGCUACCCACCCAAGGCUACCCCGACCGGAGACCAGUCCCCCAGUGUGUCGAACCUUUCAAGAAAUAGUCCACUCCUAAGUCAGGGUCCCCCAGGGAAAACCCCCAACCUUGUCACCAAGGUCUCGGAGUCCCCCAAGUCUAUUUCAGUAACGACUGCCAGCAAGGUGACCAGUCCUAUCAUGGUCAGUACUGACACUCCCCCCAAGACCACCACCCCAGGGUCCAUGGUCUCCCCCACUACAAGCUGCCCCUCCUCCAACGCCAAGAUGCGCCCCCGCAAAAGUUCCCUGUCUGCCGUGAUCGACAAGUUAACGAACGCCAAAGUGCCUCACGGAGUGGGAGGGGAGACAAAUCGGCAGAAUUCAUUGGACGAAGGAGGGGAGCAGGCCAAAGGGAAAACAGAGAAUGCUUUAGAUGGCCUGGAUAAGGCCAGCAAUGGAUUAGAGAGGCAGUCGGUGUCAGAACCAAAGAAGGCUGAUUCCAGUGACAAAAACCUUCCUUCCAGAGAUUCCCCAAGUGGGAUUGAUAAGAAUAAGGAUUUAAAAAUUGUGGACAAUUCCAGGAAUUUGUUCGCCUCACUUCUAAAGAGUGCUUCGGAGAAUUUCACUUCCAAACACGACAAAGAUGACAAGGAAAAUGUAUCAAAAAGUGAGACUGGCGGAAAGCCUGGGGACUCUAGUGAGGAUGUAGAUUCUAAAGCAAAAGAUUUAUCUAUGCAGUCUGUCUGUAAGAAAUCACCCAAAGUGAUUCCCAAAGUGAAUGGUGAGACCAAUGUGACAGUGGACAACAGUAUUCGUAAAGGGGAGGGGGACGUUUUCAAAGUGCCGACACCAAAGAGCGUCGUUUCUGUUGACGAGAACGAUUGCGAGGACAUUGAGAACAUGUCGGUGCGACGGAAAGCUCGCAUCAGUACGACUAAACCUGUGCUGAGUCCGGCAAGCUCUGGAGGAAGUCCCGAAAACCUGAUCAUCGACUGUCAGUCGCCGCGCCAACACGGCAAGAACAACUCGCUCAACUCGCCAAAGUGCAUCGUGGAUCUCAACGACGAAAACAAGAAACUGUCACCCGUGACCGUAGUCAAUAAUCGACAGAAAACCCACACCCCGUCACCUAAACCUAGACACUCCCCAAACCCCUCCCCAAAGUCCGUUCAGCACAGCUCGCCGGCGGGAAUGUUGGAGAUAGACGAUGAUUUAAUGAACGAAGCCAUCAUGGGCUUCACCAGCUGAUAAACAGUUGGGCUCUGUGUUAGGUGAUACAGAAUCCAUAAUCCUCAUCAUGGUCUUUGUAGGAAAUUCUUCUUAGUUCAAGAUAAUGGUACUUACUCAUCAAAUGGCAAUAUUCUGGAGUGUUUGUGACCACUGUCUUGUCCUGUAGCAAUUCUUGUGUGAAUGAUGUAGUCAGGGAAAUAUUCGCCCCUGUUUAAUUUUCGCCCCUUUCACCCUUGUUGUCAGCUGGCAAAUUUAAGACUUGGCAAAUUCAAAUGUUUUUUAUUAUCUCUCUUUAAAGACAACUGCUUCUGAGCAAAUUCAAGACGGAGCGAAACUGUUUGCAAUUGUAGAUGGGCGAAAAUUAAACGUGGUGAAAAUAACCCUGUAUACAGUAGUGUAGUCCAUGUCAUAUAUAAGUUGUAUUGUUAUUUAUUUCAUUGUUCUCUGUGUUUCAAGCAAAAGUUAAGAAAAAAUUUUGAUUACGCCAAGUCUUAAAAUGGCAAGAAACUAUAACUUAAUAAAUGUUUUGAUACACUUAAAAAAAAUAUUAUGCAUAUAAUAGUCAAAUUAAAUGGUGCUUGUUUGAAAACAGAAAAUUAACAUUCACAUUUUUAUUUUUCUUGAAAUUUGUGCAUCUAUUCUUCAUUCUAUUUUUUGUGCCAGGGCGUUCGGUUGGGAAAUAUAAUAUUGUUAAAGUGCAGCUGAAAAAUAACAAGAAUAAUAGGAAACAUAAUUCCAGUAUUUACCAGUCUAAAUGUUCAUUUUCCAUAGUUGACGACGAAGUCCCUUUACUUAUUGUUCAAAAGGUGUAAAACCUGACUCAGAACCUUUUAAAACCUGUUCACUUUCUAGUCUAGAGUAAGUAAGGUUUGAUUUUUAUAUAGGCCUUUAGUUGUUUCAUCACUUAAGGUGCAAAACCCCUUUUCUAAAAGUAUUGUAAUAUAAAAAAAUGUGAUUGCAUUGCACACUGAUUUAGAUUAAGUGUGUAGUGCAAGAGUUUAUAAUAGUUCAUUUUGGUCUCGCUUAAAAUAAGUGAUUUGUAUUUUAGUUAGAGUUAUCCCCCUUUUCACAGGAAUGUUGCACCUUAGAUUAGGUUGGGCAAAAACAAAUGAAAGAAUCUUAACCAAACAUUUCAAAUAUUGUGCAGCAGGCAGGCAUUUUACUUAUUUGAAAUAAUUAAAAAUGGAAUUGAAAAUAGAAAAUUUGACUGAUUCCCCUUUUCAUUAUUGCAUUUAAAUAAAUCAGUGCUGUAUCUCUUGACUUAUUGCUAUGGUGCCAGAUCAAUUCUACAUUUUUUUUUAUGUUGGCCUAACUUACAAAAAUGCAUUAUCAUCUUUUCUCAUGAUAAAAGCUGGUAUCAAAAAAUUCAUUUGUGGUUGAGUGCCAUAACGUUUUCCAGGUUGCCAUAGCAUUUAGUAAACCAGCAACAUACUACCAGGGAUUAUAAAUAUGUGUUCUUCUGAAGGCAAAUACUGAACCAAGCCAUUUAUAUUUAGAAAUGUUUAAAACACUUUUUUUUUGGGAAGGUUGGGGGGCUUGUUUUUUUAUGUGAGAAAACUAUGAAUCACAUUACCAGUAUACCUAUUGAUGUGUUUAGAAACAAAAAUAUUCAAUUUGUAUUGGCAUGUUAUUUAAAAUGUGGAAAACAUGCAUUUUAGUCACUUAUUAGAGUAUUUAUAUAUUUUUAGAAAAAUGGGGGUGGGGGUAAAUACAAAUGUACAUUUAGAAAAAGAAAAUGUUUGUACUUUGAUGGAUAAGUAAUUAAUACUCGUUUGUAAUUGAUAUCUGAGACAUAUCAAAUUUGAAAUUUUGAUUUUUUGAGUAUACUGCAUGAUUUAUUUAUUGGGGUUGUAACACUUCGAGAGAAAAUUACCCUGUGAAAUCUAGAAUUACGAAUUUGUGAGCAAUGAAAUUAUCAUUUUAUGAAUUAAUGAAUAUGCAUUAUCAUAUUUAUUGGACAUAAAUUGUUAUAUUUAAGUUUUAUUUGGAGUGUUUAUUAUCUGUGUUGAUUUGUGUAUGUUACCGUUUUGGAGUUAUUUCCCCUGGUCAUCAAGCAAUUUUGUUUAGAUAUUGUCACGUGAUCAUUUGUCAUAGACCGUGUAUAUAUAUAAACUCAGAUAUAUGCACCUCACUCCUGUCUGUAUAUAUUUGUAGAUAUCAUCUGUUGAGUUCUUUCUUUUCUUUUUUUUUUAUUUGUAUGAAAUAUUUAAAAAAAAAAGGAGAAACUAAUCAGCAACUUAAAUGUGCGUGUGAAAAAAAAUGUCUUUAUAUCUGUAAGUAAAUAUACUUAUAUAUACAUAUUAUAUAUAUGAAAUUAUAUAUUCUUCCGAUGUGGGAGGAUUUUUUUUAUGAUAUAUCCCUAUGUAUAUAUAUAUAUAACAUGGGAGCUACGUCUGGCUGAUCUGUCACACACCAUGCUGUUACGAUAUGGUUCUCUCUGUUUCGUAUGCUGUAUCAUUUCCGUUUUAGAUUUUAUACAAUAUUAAAUUGUACAAGAUGAUUUUUAUUAUCUAUGAUCAUGUUUUUACGUGUUUCUGAGGAAAAAAAUACAGCUUUUAAUUUGAAACUGUAGCUGUUUAUUGAAUACUGUCAUUAUAAUUAAAUGUAAAAAAUUAAAAAUGUUUAAAA